AUGGCACGACCACCUUCAGAGCCCGACUAUGCCUGGUCACGCCCAGGCGGUCUGGUUGAAUUCCCUGGCGCAGAACCCGGGAGUUUAGACAUUUGGGUAUAUUGCGACAAGUUCUCAUACCACCAACACGAAUCCGUCUCGCUGAGAACAUACUCGGCGGCUUCUGUAUACGACAUCGAAAUCAUCAAAGACGGAGUGACACCUCGCUCCGUACUCCACGAGAAAGGCCUGCCGGGACAUCAGCACGAGACUCCCUCAGACGCCUAUGCCGUUGGCUGUAAUUGGCCGGAGGCCCUGUCGAUACCUCUGGACGAGGAAACCUGGUCGCCAGGGUAUUACGUGGUCAUCAUUCGAGCGACGGACCGCCACCGACGCAUACGCGAGCGCGAGGGGUUUUUCAUCGUCAAAGCAAAGAAUCCCUUGGACGCCGACUUCGUGCUCAUCCACACGACGUGCACCGUCUUGGCCUAUAACGACUGGGGCGGCGCCAAUCACUACCGUGGGUUGCCAGAUGGGUAUCAAAACGACACUCCCACGCCACUGUCAAGCACGCAGCGGCCAAUUGCGAGAGGCAUGAUUCGGAUCCCGGACAAUGCACCUCGAGAAGGCACCGGCGACUUCAUGCCAGGGGUGAAUUGGACGCCCCGGUACCUUUCCCUCGAGUAUUCGUGGUACUGGCGCUACAGCAGGCAUUAUGCCGAUGCAGGCUACGCCACGUACGAGCGUCCCUUUGUCCUCUGGGCGGAAUCUGCUGGGUAUCGGAUUCACCACAUGACUCAAACAGACCUCCAAGACCCGACCGCAACCCCUCUCCACGGCUACCAGUGCGCCGUGAUCGUCGGUCAUGACGAGUACUGGACCUGGGAGCAACGUGACACAAUCGAUCAGUUUGUGGACCGAGGAGGCUUCUUUGCGCGCUUCGGUGGCAAUUUUGCCAAACAGGUCCGAUUAUCGUCGGAUCUGAAGACACAGUAUUAUUAUGGAACUCCCGACAAUGACCCCGAGAGCAAGGCGAACCCGCAACGGACCACAACGUCAUGGGAAUGGCCAGAGAUCCAGCGCCCGGCCGCACAGACCGUCGGACUCUGUGGAUUAACGGGUGUGUAUGCGCGGUACGGUGUCGCUACUCCGCGCUCUUCGGGAGGGUUUCUCGUCUAUAGGCCAGACCACUGGGCGCUUCAGGGCACGCAGCUGUUCUACGGUGACACCUUUGGAGGGAACCCCGUGAACAUUGCCGCAUUUGAGGUCGACGGUUGUCAGUAUACCUUUCGGCAGGGUUUGCCAUACCCUACCUUUGAAGAUGGCGUACCUUCCACCCUGGAAAUCAUUGCCAUGUGUCCCGCGGUGCUGGGCGAAGAAGACCGCUGGAAUGGUUCGGAGCCCAUCGGUGGUCCUACAAGGGACAAGAUUGAGCUCAUGCGAAGUCUCUUCAAGCCCCAGAGGGACGGGUCGACCAACAUGCCCAAGUAUCUCAAAGAUCUCAAGUACGGUUCAGGCAUGAUUGCGUCCUUUACGCGACAAAAGGGAGAGGUCUUUUGCGCGGGCACGGCGGAAUGGGUCGUGGGGUUGAAGAAGCGUGACCCUUGUACCGAAAUCAUCACCAAGAAUGUGUUGAACAAGUUUAUCGGGAAGACUGGACGUAGGUCAGAGUGUCGGCUGUAG